GCCGUCUGCUGCCUCAUAUCCCGCAUUUGCGGCACCAUCCUCUUCCAGCCGGACGUGGCUGCGCAGCUGCUGGGCCGAGACUUGGAGACCGGCGCGCUGGGGGAGGCGGACCAGGCAAUCUGGGACCGCGCGGCCGCGGCCAUGGCGCUGAGCGAGGGCCAGGCCGCCACCAUGGCUCCGCUGCACAUCUACUGGCAGGCCACGUCAGCGGCUCUGGCAGAGGAGCGCCGCGCGCUGGCCGAGCGCGCGCUGGCGGCGCCGCACGACAUAGAAUUGCAGGAGGAGGUGGUGGCUGGGCUGGACAGGGUGCAGGAGACAUGGAGG